ACAAUUCGCUGUUCAGCGGAACAGUCUUGUGUCGGCACGGUAAGCGGCCGACCGCAUUACGUAUCUUAAAUACACAUACAAGUUCAAACGUCAAAAACUUUACGUGUUGUAUCGGUUCUAGGCUUUCGUAUAUAUUUACUAUUCGGUAAUUCGUAUACAAUAUUCAGUUAUUGAUUUAUUUAAAAUUUUCCCAAUAUUUUCAGUCCUUUUUAUUAUUAUUUUAAUGAGGAGUUUCGUGUCUUCAAUUUUGUGAAAAGCAUUGGUAUCGAGUGCAUGCAAGAUCCUGUUGCAUCUUUAUCUGCGGAAGCGACUCAAAAUGGCACUUCGAUUUAAGCUAUGCUAUUGGUACUUACAAUCUAUAACAACCUGAAGGUGAUUUGACUGUAAAAUAACAUAGAAAUCACAAUAUAUUACGGCCAUUAUUUGUGUAAUAUUAAAAACAUUGAAUAAAAUAUGAAUUUGAAAAUAAUAUCACUCCUUCUUACAUGGAAUUUUUUAAUAAUUUCCGCAAAGAGAGAUUCGUUCGAGGACGAUGACACGCUAAGGGCGAGAGAGCUAAGGAAUAAAGAAAACAAUAGGAAUCGAACUACCUUUAACGGUACAUUAACAGACUUGCCGGAGAGACGCAAUUUGAGACACCGUAACAGCUCCAGGUACCGUGGUGACAGACGAAGAUUUUGGGAAAGAGAACAUGAGGUAAGACGCGACCGACGGAGAGGGUCUGAAUCAUCGGAAGAAUCUUUAAACAGAACGAAUCCAUUUAAAAAUGAUAAAUCCAGGAAAGACAAGCAUACAAAAGGUACCACUGAAAAAUCAUACGAAAGAAGGAAACAGGUGCAGAACAAAGCUCCGGAAAGAUCUUCAGCACCGAUAAGAGAAAAUACAACACGCUUUAAGGCUAAGGCAGCUAACAAAUGGCAAACUGGUGGUUUCAUACCGUACCCGCAGCCACGCGAGAAGAAGCCUAAUAUCAUUUUGGUUCUGACAGAUGAUCAAGACGUUGAACUGGGCAGUUUAAAUUUUAUGCCGCGUACAAUGAAAGCAAUAAGAAGUGCCGGUGCGGAGUUUCGUCACGCCUACACUACUACGCCAAUGUGCUGUCCCUCACGGAGUUCACUGCUUACCGGUGUAUACGUGCACAACCACAAUGUGUUUACAAAUAACGACAACUGCUCCUCUCCGAUGUGGCAGGCCAAGCACGAAACUAAUACAUUUGCUACGUAUCUUUCAAACGCUGGAUAUCGUACGGGUUAUUUCGGCAAAUAUUUGAACAAAUACAACGGUUCCUACAUCCCACCUGGUUGGCGCGAAUGGGGCGGUCUUAUAAUGAACUCAAAGUAUUACAACUACAGUAUUAACAUGAAUGGGAAAAAAAUCAAACAUGGCGAUGAUUAUUUUAAGGAUUACUAUCCAGAUUUAAUUGCGAAUGACUCAAUAGCGUUUUUGAGAGCGUCGAAGCGAAGAUUUACGAGGAAACCGGUACUGCUUGUUAUGUCUUUCCCGGCUCCGCACGGACCUGAGGACUCGGCGCCACAGUAUUCACAUCUAUUCUUCAAUGUAACGACACACCACACACCUACGUAUGACAUGGCGCCUAAUCCUGACAAGCAAUGGAUACUUCGUGUUACGGAGAAAAUGAAACCCAUUCACCGCCAGUUCACAGACCUCUUGAUGACCAAGCGUUUGCAGACACUGCAGAGCGUCGAUAUGGCAGUAGAACGGGUGUAUCAAGAAUUAAAGGCCCUCGGCGAAUUAGAUAACACGUAUCUCGUAUACACCUCGGACCACGGAUACCAUCUGGGACAGUUCGGGCUCGUAAAGGGAAAGAGCUUUCCUUUUGAGUUUGAUAUUAGAGUCCCUUUUCUAGUUCGUGGCCCCGGCGUUGAACCAGGCACCGUUGUCGACGAUAUCGUCCUCAAUAUAGAUCUGGCUCCAACUUUUCUGGACAUGGGGGGCGUGGAUCCUCCUGCACACAUGGACGGUCGUUCAUUACUGCCUCUCCUCCAGCCUAGACGCAGAAGAGUAGCUGCGGCACAUUGGCCUGAUACUUUCCUUGUAGAAAGCUCUGGCCGUCGCGAAACGCAAGCUCAUAUUAUGGAGGAACGUCUGCGCGCCCAGAAGUAUAGCCGGGAAAUGAACGAGAAGGCAACAACUCCACAACCCUCCGAGUCAUCUUCGGAGAGUGGAGACUUCGACUAUGAUUCGGAAGAUGACUUUUUAGAACUUGACGACGAUGUCGAUGAUGAUGAUGAUGGUACUGAAGCAACAAGUGCAAGUAAAUCUUCAGAGCCGCUGAUAUCAAAUGAAAGUCACAAUCCAAUUCUUGAAGCUAGUUUAGAGAAGGUUCUGGAAGCUGAUGAUCCUAAUUCUAAUGAACAAAAUUAUUUGUCAGAAUCAUCGGAGACCAGUAUAAUCAAUGGAAAAGCAGCACGUCUAGCUGCAGAAUGCUCAAAAGCUGAACUAAGAGCUCCAUGCUCUGACAAACGCAAGUGGAAGUGUGUUCUUGUAAACGGUCGAUGGAGAAAACACAAAUGCAAAUACGAGCCAAGUGUAGUUGAACCUCACCCGAAAAUGAGCACAAAGAAAUGCGCAUGUUUUACACCCAGUGGUCUAGUAUACACAAGAUUAGAAACUGACGGUAAUAUUGCUAGGCGCCCGGCUGAUAUUAAUAAAGAAAAUAUAACUAGAACUAAACGUUCAAUGAACAACGACGUUUUUGAACCUAACACUGUUGAUAGUAUUCUUGAAGAAAACCCUAGCAUAGGCCAUUUAAGUUUUCAAAAUGAACCUUUAAAUGAAGUUGAGAAAAAGAACGUCGAAGAUAAAAUUGACAAACUGAUAAAAGAGACUGAAGCCUUCUUAGAAGCUUAUGAACGUACCAAAGAUACUAUAGAUCAUAAGAGAAGCAAGAGAAGGGCACAACACUGGAAUCAUAAUAAACAUAAACAAAGAAACCAAGGAUUGAUUAAUAAUAAUGAUUCGACAUUAGAAUGCAAACUUGAAAAGGAUGGCACAGUUAAUUGCUCACAAGUUAUAUACAAUGAUUUAAAAGCUUGGCAUACUAACAGGUUAAGUUUAGAAGAUCAAAUAAGACAGCUUAAAACGAAAUUAGAAGAUUUGAAAGAGAUUAAAAGACAUUUAAAAAAUAGCAAGCCUGCUCAAGUUGAAGUUCAGACUAUUAAUCCAUCGUACAUAAUAAACCGUAUUCAGAAUAAUAAAACUAUUUUACAUGGGAACAAUACAAAUAAAGAUUCCACGCGUAAAUUUCGCAUACAAAGACUCAAGCCUAAACAAAGAAAUACUGAUUUAUUCGAAAAAAAGUUAAAACACACUAACGAGUAUAGUGUACCUACGGCAAAUACUAACAUAAAAGAUGAUAUUUUACAAAUACAGCUAAAAAAUAAUUCAAGUACUGUGCCAAAUAUAUUCGAGUUACAUCCUACAAGCGGUAGUAAUAUUUCCAAUAAUAGAACACAAAAGCUAGAACAUUUACCAAAACCUCAGGUAACAACAAUUAUUACCAACAAUGAUCAUUUUGACAAAAGUAUCGUCGAUGAAAAAAGUACGCCAUACAGUAUACCAACAACAACAAUUGAUGAAGUUACUACCGAAUUUUCAAGAAUAAUAGAAUUAUCGAGCAUAAGAGAUCCGUUACAAAAUCUAUCAAUUUCCAGCACUGAUGGCACAACGGUAGCAACUGAUUAUUAUACAACCGCAAAGUAUUAUAACUCUGAAGCAGACAUUAUACUUUCAAAUCAUCAAAACAAUAUGGUUAAUAAGUCCAUUCAAAGAACUACGGAAACGCCUCACUAUGUUUCUAAAGGGAGGCCUGUAACAACUACUGCUGGGAAUUUGGGUCCAACAAGAUUUGAUGCGUCAGAGUAUGAAAAACUUAACCCUAAUAGGGGAACUCCAAAUAAUAUGGAUAUAUUCAGUAAGCCCACAGACAUAUUCCAAAAAAGAUUACAUCCUCUGUUUAUAGAGAACGAAGACAAGCAUGUUUGCUACUGUGAAGAAAGCCGAAAAGUUAAGGGACCAGCUCAAGCUUAUCUAGAAGCAGCUCAAAGAGCCAAAGAAGAAAGGCGGAAGCUCAAAGAACAACGAUUGCGUAAGAAAUUGAGAAAAGCUAAAAAGAAGGCGGAGCUUGAACGGCUAUGCGAAUCCGAACGCAUGAACUGUUUCCGACAUGAUAAUGAACAUUGGCGAACUGCUCCACUAUGGACUGCAGGGCCAUUCUGUUUUUGUAUGAGUGCUUCAAAUAACACUUAUAACUGUGUGCGAACAAUAAAUGCAACGCAUAAUUUGUUAUAUUGUGAAUUUGUUACUGGACUUGUAACAUACUAUAAUCUUCGCAUAGAUCCAUUUGAAACUCAAAACAGGUUUAAAUAUUUAUCAGUCGCCGAAAAAGAUUACUUCCACAAUCAAUUGCAACAAUUGCUUAGUUGUCGAGGACCCUCUUGCAGACGUUUUUCGCAUUCUAAUUCUGGUAACAUAGAGGACAUAAGUAGACGAUAUGCGGAUGAUCAUAUUACGUAUAGGGGAGACUCUCCUAGCUAUAAUGAAAGAGCAUGGCGGUGGAGUGGCUAUGGUCGGCGUUAUGCAAGAGCCCGUGAGCUACAUCGUCGCCGACACAUGAUGGCAUACUAGUCGAAAAAUAUUUAUUUUGUUAAAGAAUUUGAAACUUGUUAAACAAUGCUCUGAAGAUACGAGUAUAAAAAUCGCAGAGGGAGAGAAGCAGAUUGUCGACAUCUUAGACGAAUACAAUAUCUUUAAGUCUAUAGAUAUAGUAUAUCUUGAUAGAUAUCGUAACAUUAUUUAUAAUAAUUAUAAAGCAUCGAAUCUAGUAGGGCUUCCGAAAUUAUCUUUAUAUCUACCUACUUAUAUGCUAUAUUUAAAAUUCUGUUUUAUGAAUUAUUUAUGGAUGAAUAUCUUGUUUUGUGAUUUUUGAGCUAUGUCGCAGUAAGACCACAAAAACAACUAUAAGGAGAAUAAUUAUCUAUUUAAUUCAAAAUGCGCUUUAAUUAAAUUAUGACUUAUAAUCUAGACUUCAAAGCUAUUUAAGUCGUCACUUAGUUUGUACGUAGACACGUUAUAAUAUGUAGUAUUGUUAUAAUAUUAGGAUAAUUGGCGCUAAUUCAUUUGAUAAUUUAUAUGAAUUAAAGAGAGCCGUUUCCUUUUCCUCACUCUUCCCAGUACAAUCCUUCUUUCCAGUCGUCAAUCUUUCCAUUAUCCUUUUCCUUAGGAAUUAGGAUUCCUUCCUUCAUAAAAGCGGGCAGCGCAUUCGCAGAAGCACUAUCUCUAUGAAUGUUCAUGGGCGUUGGUGAUCGCUUACCAUCAGGCGAAACACCAGCUCAGUUGCCCGUAACAACAUAAAAAAGUAAUAGAUCCAUAGUCCUGUAUACAAUACAAUAUCAUAACAAAUAAAACUUUAAUAUGUUUUAGUAAUAUUCCGUACUUCGUAUGGGCAAUUUGGAAAGAAUUCUUAUAUAUUUAAAAAACAAAUCGUGAAUUAGGGGUUGAUGCAAUGUUUAUGUUAAGUAAUCUUUCAAGGUGUUUCUAUUAUAUAAAAGAAAAAACUGGUGUAUAACCUCUCUUCUAACUAUGAAACCGCGGAGCGGUUUAUAAAAAUAAAAGGAUAUUUGAAUUUGUCUGCGAAUGUAUUCCAAUGACAUACGUUAAAUAUAAAAAAAAAACCGAAACUGCCCGGUCAGCAGAAAAAUCCAACACAAAUUUUAUCACCCAGGCACAUCAAUUACAAAAAUGUUUUAUUUUUUUAAAGAUUAUUUAUUAAAGCCUUAUUGUAUAUCAAAAGACAUAGGUAGUACAUAAUAAAAUUGUUAUUUACGCUCUUUAAGUGAGACAAUAUCAAAGGCGUGAGUAGUGGAUGAAAGCCAGAAAAAAUAAGAUUCGGAGACUUCUUUCGCCUUAAAUAACAGUUUUAAUAAUUUUGCUUAUGGCCUGUAGGGACUGUUGUGGUUUUACUGUGCAUACGACCGGACUAGCCGUAGCUAAAAUUAUAUUUAUAUUUUCUGUAACUUGUGACACUGCCUGAAGUAUUAUUAUCUGAGAUAAGAACACUAAUAUAAUGUUAAUUUUUACAAAAUUUGCAUUUUCUCUAUAUCUUAGUUAAUAAAACACAAACUUUUUAUAUGUAUUUUGCAUGCAUAAUAUAUUUUAUGCAAUUUACUAGAAGUUAUUAAGAUAAAUGAUUGUAGCCAGUUUUAUGUACUAGAAAUAAAGUGAUAUAAAGUUGUUGCCAUGUGAUGAGAAUGGUUGUUUAUAGAAAUGCUUGUAGGUUUAAAUGUGUAACAACAGAGAUUUUCAAUCUGAGGCAUGCAUUUUAAACACCAUGUAUUUGGUUUUAAAGAUAAAAUAAAGAAAUCUAUAAAAA